ACACCCUCGUCCUCCACCGGACCACCGCGGCGCCACUCCCCUUCGUCGGCCGCCACCCUCUCCGCCGGUCCCCUGCCUUCGCCCCCACUCCGUCCGCGAGCCCGGCAGGCGACGCCGGCGGCCAAGCCCCAUCGCCCGCCCCUCUCCCCGCCCUAUCAAACACCCCCUCUACCUCCAACUUUGCCCCCAAGAUGGUCUCCUCCGUCCCCACCCCCACGGCGGCGGCGGCGGCGCCCGAGUCACCGUCCACCAUCACGGACGGCGCCGUCAGCGGCACACUCCCGCGGACAGAGGCCUUCGCCGUGCACUACCCUGGAUACCCCUCCUCCCCCGCUCGCGCCACCCAUACCCUCGGCGGCCUCCCCGCCAUCGCCAAGGUCCGGAGUUCUGACCCUGGUUCCCGCCUCGAGCUCCGCUUCCGCCCGGAGGACCCCGACUGCCACCCGACAUUCGGCGAGCCCCGCGCCUCCACCGGCCUGCUCCUCCGCCUCUCAAGGCCCAAGGGAGGCUCCGCGCCACCGCGUGCCGAGGUGGUGGCGCGCGUCCGGACCGCCUACCAUUUCGAUGGCAUGGCAGAUUUUCAGCAUGUCGUCCCAGUUCAUGCUGCUCAAGUGAGAAAAAGAAAACGGUUAGAUUGUCCCAGUGUUAAAGAUGAUUUAGGCACUGAUAAGGCAGGAGGUCUAGACAUGGAUGAUGGAGAUGUCAUGAUGUUGGUACCACCACUCUUCGCAAUAAAGGAUAAUCCAACAAACAUAGCGCUUCUACCAUCGACCAAUGCACUAUCCAAGAGCAUGCAAAGGGGAGUUGUGCGGCAUCGGUGGGAGAUGGAUAUUGAACCAACCCUUGCGCUUCCUUUCAACAUUCAAGCUGUCCCCAAGAAGGUUAACUGGGAAGACCACAUACCAAGGAAUUCAUCAGAGUGGGAUUCACAGAUGGCUGUGUGCAAAUUAUUUGACGAGCGUCCUGUGUGGCCAAGACAGUCACUUUAUGAACGUUUGCUUGAUGAUGGUGUGCAUGUGUCAACAAGCCAGUUCAAAAGCCUUUUGUUUAAAGCUGGAUACUACUUCUCUACUGGACCCUUUGGUAAAUUCUGGAUCAAAAAAGAAUAUGAUCCUCGUAAAGAUCCCGAGUCACGAAUAUAUCAGCGGAUUGAUUUUCGCAUGCCUCCUGAGCUAAGGAAUCUUCAAACGAAAAGGCACGAUGGAUCUGAGAAGUGGUCAGAGAUGUGCAAGCUUGAAAGGAUGCCAUCGAAAAGUUUCAUCUUCCUGCAAUUAUUUGAACUGAAGGAUGACUUCAUUCAAGCCGAAAUUAGAAAACCUUCUCAUCAAUCAACUUGCUCACAUUCGACAGGUUGGUUUUCUAAGCCAAUGAUUAAAAGUUUGAGGUUACAACUAUGCAUAAGGUUCCUCUCAUUAUGUCCUAAUGAAGAUGCCAAAACCCUUUUGAGAAGUUCCCAUCAACUUCUUGAAAGGUCCAAAAAGCAGGAAGCUAUUUGCAGAUCCGAGCAACUGAAGGAAAGAAAAGAUGUUGAUGAAGAAGCGCCUGCUGAACAUGUUGGAUCUGAGGAUCAGAUGGACACUAACAACUCUGAUAGUGAAGAUGCUGAUGACGAGGAAGAGGAAGAUAAAGAGGAAUCAGAUGGUUAUGAUUCUCCAGCCAUGGCCGAGGAUGUUCCUGAUUUCGCCUUACAUGAGUCCUACACACUUGGAGAAGGCUUCUCCACUGGAUACCUUGAGGAGGUUUUGCGCAGCUUUCCACUGAAUGAAGAUGGCCAGAAUAAAUCAGGUGAUGCCCUUAAUAAUGGUGAAGCAAGUGAUGGGGAGUUUGAAAUUUUCGAACAGCCUAGUGACGAUGAAGAAUAUUCCGAUGGUUAGUGGGGCCUUUUGGGGGAGUGGCAAGAUAUCCUCAGGUUAAAUUUUAUGGGCCGUUGUUGACAGUACUUUGUUCAUUAGAUUUUAGGCUCUAAGCUUGUUUAGGAUUUCAUAGCAGGUUGUUUAGCUAUCUAUGGAGCUAGAUAUUUAGCCUUGUUAACAUGAUAUUGGAUGUCACUAGAAGCAAGUUCACUAUAA